CGCCUCGGCCAAAGAAUCAGUUCAGUCGCUGCACUUGACGCGCCAGGUUCUGUUUUCCCCACUGCGGAUCGAAAGUCGCCAAAGAAGAAACCCAAGCCGAAGAGCCGAGACCAAGAACCGUCCACAAAACAAGCGAUCGAGCGAGAUGGAUUAUCGCUUAGUGCUGAAAAUUCUCAGCUUUCUGCUGCUGGCCCAUUUGGGCUUCGGCCAGCCGCAGCAACAGUCGUCGGCGGACUACGGCGAGGAGCAGCCGCCGGAAGGCUACUACGCCUUCGUGGAGUCCCCGAACGCGGUGCCCCCGAAGGUCAGGCCGCCGCCCUACACCUUCGUGAACGCGGAGUGCAAGGACGUGGCCGCCGGUAAGAAGUCCGCCGUCUCCGUGCACAACAUCUGCGGCGACCUGAACAAGGGCCAGAUACCCAAGAAUCCGCUGGGACAGAACGUGCUCGGGGAGCCCUAUCCCUUUGAACUCAUCCGGAACCAGACGCUCAAGUUCCUCUCGAAGACCCUGCCCGUGCUCAAGGCCGACGACACCCUGCCCAAGGUCACCCAGAUCAUCCGCGACGACCCCGUGGAGCAGCUGGACAGCAACAACAUCGACCGGCCCUACCCGGCGGGAGGAGCCACCCGCGUGCGCCGCAGCCUGCCGGAGGGUGUGGAGUCCACCGACGGCCAGUACAGCUACUUCGACCCCGCCCUGGACGAGGAGGAGCGGCACAGCCAGCAGCAGAGGGAGCCCACUCUACAGCAGCGAAGGGCCGCCGAGGAGAGGAAGCCGCGCAAAUUCUGCGACGGCGGUGGAGUAUUCUGCACCUUGUACAGGGCCAUCCAGGGCGACACCGGGGGAUCCGGCGCUGCGACGCCCACUGCGGAGCGUCGCGAGGAGGUGGGCCCCAUCCGGUACGAGGGUCCGCCCACCCCGUGCCCCGCCAAGGUGGAGUACGCCACCCCCGUCUUCGCCAAGAACUACCAGGGUGCCUGGCGCUACGUGGUGCAGAUUCCCUACGAGGGCUACUUCACCCAGACGGUGGAGGUGACGCGCUGCAUCCAGGCACGCUGCCACUACUUGGACGGCGGCUGCCUGUCGUCCCCGCGCUGGGUGAGCCUGCUGGUGGCCGAGAUCUUCUACCCGAAUGCGGAGGACACGGUGCCCACCAGCUCGACCACCACGCAGGCGCCCUCGGUGCAGGACUUCCAGGCCUACCAGCAGUACCUACAGAAGCGGGCUGGCGUCGCCACCGCCUCCGACGGCACCUCCUCCGGAUCAUCCGCCGCCUCGGCCUCUGCGGACGCCCACUGUGAUGGACACGACGAGCUGGGCUGCUUCCAGGUGCGUCUCUACUACGACUGGUUCCUCAUCCCGGGCUCCUGCAAGUGCUGGCGUCCGGACUACUUCGCCAAGUACGUGCGCCGGAAGUCGGUGGCCGACUUGUGAGCACUUGGUGCUCCUUGGAACGGACUCCGAGCGAGACCCCUAGCAUACGAUCAAAUCCUAGCACUUAGUGGAACCCAACUUUGAGACGAAAGGCUCAUUCUAGUAAUCCAUACAAGGGGCGCCGCAGCCCAUUGGAUCACGCAGAGUUUGCAGUUCGCGCAGCAGAUACCAGAUACACCUACCAGAUACAUAAUUAACCUAGGCGAUUAGCUCCUCUUCCGACUGAUUAAGCCAAGCGCAAUGCAUUUCUACUAAUAAAUACGUUUCUACACAAA